GGCUACGAGUAAGUGGUUCGAAACACCCUGUCGGUUCAAAUGCCACUGUGUUAACAACAAUGCAUGUGACAACAACGGUGUAUGUUCGUCAGGGUGUGAAUACGGAUGGUUCGGUCCAUCUUGUCAAUACGUGGAUUUGGUGUCAACUUAUUCAAAAUCGCCAACGCCAUCUUGGGUUUAUGACUCUCAAGACACCAACUGUAGUCCAGACCAGGAGACGGUUACAGUUUCAUUGAACAGCACAUUCUAUUUUACAUGGCUCAGACUACAUGCUAAUAUUGCAGACUUCAAUAUUCAUCUGACGUUAGCUAACCAGACCUCUGUAACAUGUAGCAACAUGUACACACAUAAGAUCGACGAUUCAAUACUGGACAUUCAUUGUUUACCGGGUGCAUUUUUUGAGGACCUCGUUAUUAGCGGGGAUGGCGUCAAAUCUUUGUGCACAGUGUUCGUAAGUGGAGGACGCAAUGUUGCACUGGGACAAAACACGCAACAGACAUCUGUCCACGGUUAUGGGACUUCUUUGCUUGCGGUAGACGGGGAUAGAAAUCCCGAAUAUUUAGAUCAUAGUUGUACCCAUACUGCCGAGACAAGAGACAACGCGCCAACGUUGACAUUGACUUUUGGAUGGCCACAUGUUGUAAACAGAUAUCUCUUAUUCAACAGAAACGGUGAGUUAACAUGGUCAUAA